ACCGGACAGUCCGCGUCCCGCGCGCACACGGAUAACGAGAGCCGGAGCUGAGGAGCGCGUGCUGCGGAUGGAAAGAGGAGCGAGUGACGGGAGAGAAGAAGAAGAAAGAGAAGAAAAAGUGAAGAAAGAAGGAGAAAAAAGUGGUUUAUUCUUGUUUGUGCAGCUGGACAGAGAGACGGAGGAGAAGAAAAGUGAGUGAGACAGACGGUGUCCUCCUCCAUGUCGCUCCCCGGGUCUCCUCCGCUGCUCACGCCGGGUUCGGGCACUCCAACCCCGGUGGCGAUGUACCGCUCCGGCCCGGACGCGCUGCACAGCUCCGCCGCGUCCACCGGCGCGUCCAGUCCGCUCACCACCAACUCUCACACGCACUCCGUGUCCGCGUCCCCGCGCCUCACCUCCUCCAUGCUCAGCGCGUUCCUGCCCGGAGCAGGAGGCGCGCUGUCCGGCCUGGGGAACGGCGGCGCGGCUCCGCUGGUGUCCCCGGCUCUGGGCGCCCUCAGCGGGCUGGGCUCUCUCAGCGCGGCCGCACUGACCCCCGGCUCCCCGGGCUUGUCUCAGAGCUGCGGCAGCGCCGAGUGUAAGCUCGUGGAGGUCCACGGCGUGAAGGUGGCGAGCUUCUGCGUGGACGGCCACGAGCUCAUCUGCCUCCCGCAGGUGUUCGACCUGUUCCUGAAGCACCUGGUGGGCGGACUCCACACCGUGUACACGAAGCUGAAGCGGCUGGACAUCACGCCGGUGGUCUGCACCGUGGAGCAGGUGCGCGUGCUGCGGGGACUCGGAGCCAUCCAGCCCGGGGUGAACCGCUGCAAACUCAUCAGCAGGAAGGACUUUGAGGUCCUGUACCAGGACUGUACCAGCGCCAGCUCUCGGCCCGGUCGUCCUCCGAAGCGUUGUUCUGGUGCAGGGAUCCAGGAAAGCCCCAGGCUGCUGCACCCGGGCCUCCCCGGCCUGCUGUCCCCCAACCUGCUGUCCCACACUGGCCUGACAGCAGCGGCCAUGGCUGAACUCCAGAAGCUUCAGAAGAUGAAGAUGAUGAUGAGUCUGCAGAACGGCAACGAGUCUGACAACGACGACCUGCACUCUAACACAGGAGGAAGCGAGUGUUCCUGGGACAAGGAGCGCCUGACCAGUCCUCCUGCUGGAGCACACGCCGGAGGAGGAGGUGGUGGUGCUGGAGGAGGAGGAGGAGGAGCAGCAGGUGGAGGGAGUGGGAGGGCACCGAUCAUGGGAGCGGUCAAUCAACAACAGCUCCAACAGCAGCAGCUACUGGCUAACAGGCUGGACCUGCCCUUCAUGAUGAUGCCCCACCCACUGCUGCCCAUGGGCCUGCCUCCUGCCUCGGUCGCCAUGGCGAUGUCACAGAUGAACCACCUCAACACCAUCGCCAACAUGGCCGCCGCGGCCCAGCAGAUACACACUCAUGUUCACCGCGCCCCCGUCAUCAAGUUGUUGUCUUUUCUCCAGGAGAGAGUGUGCGACAGUCCUUCACUGUCUCCGUCUGUGGACGAGAACAACACUCCUCUGCAGUCGCAGCCGAGUAGCUCCGCCUCCAGCUCGCCUGAAAGACUGGGCCUGGUGUCAGCUGAUGCAGAUGUUCCGCUGACCAACACGACUGCAGCCAACAAGAAAAUAACAAAGGACAAAGAUGAGUUGUCGCUGGGACAAACUCUGCCUCCCGGUUUUCCCGCUCCGUUUCUGUUUGCCGACGGUUUGUCGUCCGUGGAGACGCUGCUCACGAACAUACAGGGCCUGCUGAAGGUGGCGGUGGAAAACGCCCGAGUGCAGGACAAACAGAUCCAGACGGAGAAGAGGGAGCUGAAGAUGGAGCUGUACAGAGAGCGGGAGAUGAGGGAGAGUCUGGAGCGACAGCUCACGUCUGAACUGCAGAGCAGAGCCUCCAUCCAGAAGAGACUGAAGAAGGAGAAGAAGGCGAAGAGGAAGCUGCAGGAGGCGCUAGAGUUCGAGUCAAAGCGGAGGGAGAGAGUGGAGGACGCUCUGAAACACUCGUCCUCGUCGUCUCCUGAGCCGCUGCACAACAACAACGACGCUGCUGCAGCCGAGGACAAACCUGAGGUUAAUGGAAACCAGCAAGACAACGGCAGCGUACAAGAUUCGCGGCCGUUCCUGAAAACUCCCAUGAUGUUUUAGAGGACGAUGCUGCGACCCCAGAAGCCCCGCCCACUUCCUCUCCCUCCUGUGCACAGAAGAACUCCACCAGCCCGUUUCCACGGCAACGACCUCCUCCCCGGCGGCGGGAUUCUACCUUUGCUACAAUGCGACGUUUUUGACGUGAAAACAAUGACUACUAAGAGACACGCCCCUUUUCUGGACUCAUUUUGGGGGCUGUCUCUCGUUCUCUCUCUCUCUCUCUUUUUCUUCUAUUUCUCAUUGUUGUUGUUUUUUUAAAGACAGACUUCGCAUAUUCGGUCUUUUCUCUUCAUUACCUCGUUUGUUCUGAAAACUGAAAAAUCAUUCCCGAAUUACUACAAGGAAAAAAACGGACGGGAGCAACAAAUUCAACAUCAACGCAAAUCAAAGUCAGACAUUUUAAAAACAUCGGAGAUGAACUUUGUUGGACGAGCGAGACUCUUAAAAAGUUCUGAUAACGUCACGCAAGACCCAGAAAGAAAAAAAAAGAGGACUGUUUCUGAAUGGUGCUAACGAGAUAAACGUUCUCACGGACGGACAAAGUUUCACUCACCUUUUUGGAUUUGGACGAAACUUCGGCUUCAGUGCGACUGUCACCUCCUCCCGAUUGGACAAUAAUCAGCUGAUCAGGACGAAGGAUGUGUUGGGGGGAAAAAAUCUGGAAGGAAAAAACAAAAAAAAUGAAACUUGAGACGUGAUUUCUCGCGUUUGAUUCAUUUUUUUGUUUGUUUUACAUACAGAAACGUAAAAAGAAUGCAUGUCGUCAUCCUCAUCACUCCAUCUCUUCCUUUAUCUUCUCUCCCUCUCUCUCUUUUUAAAGGGACAUUACUCUGAAAAAUGUUGGAUGCAGUUUUUCGAUGUACCAAUUAUUUUCUAUCACCCCCUAACUUCUAAUGUCAAAUCCGUUUCUCAAAUGAUGCAAAAGUGUAAAAAAAAAAAAAUAAGGAAAACCCACUUUUUUAUUACGAUGGAGUGAUUUUUAGAAAUGAUAUUAUUUCCCCCGAAAAAUGUGUUUCAUUCUCCUCCGAAUUUUUACCCCAGUUCUUCCUCCGUUUCUGGUGUUUGUCAAAGCGAAGCUCAGGAGUGCUUAAGCUAAAACAGUGUCGCCCCCUGGUGGACGUUUGGGGGGGGGGUAUUGCAGGUGGACUUUGGAGAAGGGUUAAAAAAUAAUCAUACUGAAAAUAUAAGUAUUUGCAUUUGUAAACAACGCAGCACUUUUCAGUUUUGAAUUUUGUAAAAAGCAAAAUUGUAUUCACGAUCAUUUUGAUCAACUUUGCAAAUUAUUCAACGGCUUUUUGGACCCAAUAUUUAAAGUCUGAUGGCGAAAACAAUACAAAUGUAAUAAAAAAUAAAUAAAAUCAGACCUAGCCUCGUACGUUUAGUAGAAUUUAAGGGCUUCAAAAUUUAGAAAUUUGGGAAGUCCCGAAAAAGUACCUUUAAGUCGACUUGGAGAACAGUGUUUGACUUGACGCUAGCACCACGCACAUACAUGCUAGUGCGGCGUUACAGUAAACAAACACGGGUGAAUAAAUCAAGCGCUCCUCGGCUUCGUACGAACACCUGUAAACGUUUUAUUCCUUCAGACGAGUGCAGACUGUUGUGUUGAAGUUUUGUUUUUAUUCCACUGCGUGUUUUUGUUUGUUUAUUUGUUGAUUAAUAUUUGAACAUGUGUACGGGA